AUGAAGUCGGUCAAGGCGCCCGCGACGGAGAACUCGUCGCACCGCCGGUCGCAGCCCGUCCGUCAGACUCGUACGAACCCUCCGCGAAGCAUCGCGAACUUGGGCCGUUCAGGUGGUGCUGGCAGAGACUCAAUCGGCGGUGCCGAGCAACCCAUCGACAUUUUCCCUGCGAUUACACACUUUGCCGAUGCCAUAACUGCACUCCCAAAGGAACUCGUUCGGCAUUUUACACUCCUCAAGGAGGUUGAUGCCAAACUUUUCACCCCCGAAGAUCAGCUCUUCCGACUUGUUGAAGCUGCCAUCAACGCUCCUGUUUCCGAGGCACGUCCGAACAACGAGGCAUCCAGUGCCAAUGCUCCUGGUUCGGCGCCUAUGAGUGCGCAGAAUAGCUCAAGUGGUAUUGCAUUCAACCAUAGUGUCCAGAGCGUACCUUCAGUCGAUGAAUCGAACAGGGAUGCUGUUUUCGACCCAUCCAAUCUUCCUCGUCGUCACCUCUUUCGCCAGACCGCGCUCAAGAUCCAAGAGAUGCUUGUCUCGCUCGAAGAAAAGAACCACGUUAUCUCGACAGCCAACGAAGCACUCCAAGCCCAGCUCACUCGGAUUGAAGAUGUCUGGCCUCACCUAGAAGGCGAAUUUAGUGACGAGGCCAAAUGGGGAAGCACCACACAUUGGGCAUAUCCUGAAAAUCGCUUCUCCAAGGCCUCUCAUGUCGAUCGAACACGGCGCGACGGUGCCGCAGCCAUAUCUGCAGCUGCGCAGGCUCUUGCUGACGAGGCAGCCGCUAGAAGCGAUGCUCGCAAGCAAGCUGUACAAGCAAAGAAGAAUUCGAGAAAUCACAACAAUAAUCAUAACCACUCUAAUGCCCAUAACCACGAAUCGGAGGGAGACGACCAUGACGGUAAACACAAGCCUGAAGCUCCAAAGAAGACAGCCAAAUCGCGGAAGACAGUAACAGCAACGGAAACAGCCAAUGUUGGACUGGGCAUUUCUACGGCUGCGACUAACAAUGGCAACCCGCCACAGAAGCGACGCAAGGUUGAAAAGACGACUAAUGGUGCUGCGGCGACAGCAGAUCGUGCGAUGAGCUCGGUUUUUGGAAAUGCUGCACCAAAGGCAAAGACAACAAGUCCUAGAGCAACUCCCGCACCCGAGGCACCUAAGAAGAGAAAAGCUCUCCCUUCGGGGAGCGGCCAGUCCAAGAAGAGCAGAAACGGCGUAACCGGUUUAUCCAAUUCGGUCAACUCGUCGCCCGUAAUCACCGAGCUACCUGAGCCAAAGCUACCCCCUGUUCGCGCAUCACCAGUACCGGUUCCUACUCCAAACCCGGCUCGGACUCGUUCGCGACAGAACUCAAUACAGAUUGUAAAUACGGAUAGCAACAAGGCAAGGCCGACAUCAUCGGCUUCUAAUAAACCCAAUGGCAAUGCAGCUAGCACACCAACCACUGGAGCUCCAGCAGCUAGUGCGCUUCGCAACGGUGCUGAACUAAAGACUCCAAAGGAGACGAGUGCACCGAUCAAGACCGAAAAUCCUAAGAAGGAAGCGGAGAAAACAGAAACUGUAUCAACGCCUCCGGUCCCUCCUCCUACCACAACUGCCACCACCUCCUCCACCACUACAGCUGUAACCACCACCGCUGCUACGACUGGCAGCAAGAAGGAUACCAAAAAGCCGGAGGAGAAUGAUCGCAAGAGCGAGUCGCUACCACCAGUUCCACAGACUACCACAGUCACAACAAAGAGCGGGCGCGCCAGUAAACCAUCAACGCCAGCAUUGGCAACGUUCCAAGAGGCAGUGCAGCCCCGGGCACGCUCAUCGAGGAACAAUGACACGACUGGUACUGGAAAGAAAAAUCAGAAGAAAGCUGCACCUGCCAUUCAUGCAGCUGUUGCUGCUCAACUGGCCGAAGAAGACACGAACAGCAGCAUGCAGGGCGACGAAGAUGACGGUGAUGUUGAUGCAGAUGAGCCAACAUACUGUUACUGUAAUGGGGUGUCCUAUGGUGAGAUGGUAGCUUGCGAUGCUGUUGAGUGUCCCCGCGAAUGGUUCCAUUUGGACUGUGUUGGACUGAAGGUCGCACCAACAUCAACAGCAAAAUGGUAUUGCGAGGACUGCAAGGAACGCCUCAAAGCGGGAGGUAAAAAGGCCAAUGGUCGAUAA